AUGGCAGAGAAAGAUCAACAGAUCCACCCAAUCCAGCCUGAAUCUUAUAGUCCUCAAUCCAAACGUGACGUAGAGGCAACCACCACGGAGCAAUCCAAAGUAGCCCACCGCCAAAAGCAGAAGAAAUGGCUGCUCUACGGAAUAGCUUUCGUGAUUUUUCAGACCGGAAUCAUAGCCCUCUUCUCCCUCACAGUUAUGAAGGUCCGUAAUCCCAAAUUCCGGGUUCGAUCCGCCACGUUCGACACCUUUGAUAUUGUCCAAACAACCAACCACUCGUUCAAUUUGAGGACCAACGUCGCACUUGGAAUCAAGAACACCAAUUUCGGCCCCUACAAAUACGACAACAGCACCAUGUAUUUCUACUACGGCGAAACGGAAGUUGGAAGUGCUGUUAUUCCCAAAUCAAAAGCCCAAUUCCGAAGAACAAAGAAGUUUACCGUCUCGGUGGAUCUUGCUUCUACAAGUCUAGCCGGGAAUUCACAAUUGGCAAGUGAUAUGAGUUCAGGGAUUGUGCCUCUGAGUAGCCGAUCGAAAUUGAGCGGGAAAGUGGAGCUGAUGUUGAUUUUCAAGAAGAAAAAGCCUGUCGACAUGGAUUGCACCAUGGAAGUAAACAUCGCUGCACAGGCCCUCCAGAAUAUCAAGUGCAAGUGA